CGGUUCUCGGCUCUUCAAAGUACCAAAGUAGAUAAGUUUCCCUCUGUCUACUCUUAUCUAUAACGUUGGCCGGAUACCCUAUUUAUUGUGAUAACAUCGAAGUGAGGUAACAAUUGGCGUUUUUGCAGUGACCUCAUAAUUUAACACCAAGGUUAGAAACAGGUGUACAAAGUUCGGUCGCUAUGGCUGCGAUAAAAAACACCAAGAAUAUUAAACUUUUCACUUUUCUGGCUUUGAAAUGUAAUCCCCAAGUGAGUACGAGAAGAUUUUUGAACCUGCAAGAGUACCACAGCAAAGAUUUAUUAAGAAAGCAUCAGGUAUCAGUUCAGGAUUUCCGUAUUAUUGAUACCAAACUAGAUCCUAAACCUCUCGGCGACUUCAAAGCUGAUGAGUACGUGGUGAAGGCUCAGAUCCUAGCCGGCGGGAGAGGGAAAGGUCAUUUCGAUAAUGGAUUUAAAGGGGGAGUUCAUUUGACCAAAAAUCCCAAAGACAUAAUGGGUUUAGCAAAAAAUAUGUUAGGUCAUAAAUUAAUAACCAAACAGACGCCAAAGGAAGGCAUAAAAGUCGAAAAAGUCAUGGUGGCCGAGAGUGUAAACAUCAAACGCGAGACAUACUUGAGUAUCAUAAUGGAUAGGAGUUUUAAUGGUGCUGCUUUGGUGGCAUCCCCAGCAGGUGGCAUGGAUAUAGAGGCUGUGGCUGAGAAAACGCCCCAUUUAGUUAAGACUGUUCCUAUUGACAUAUAUGAGGGCAUUACUGAUACUGUGGCUAAUGAGAUUGCAGGCUUCUUAGAGUUCAAAGGUGAUCUAAAGAAGAAAUGUGCUGAGGAGAUAAAAAAAAUGUGGCAAUUAUUCACAAAGGUGGAUGCAACCCAACUUGAAAUAAACCCUUUAGUGGAGACGGACGAUGGACGAGUGGUUGCUGUGGAUGCUAAGAUCAACUUUGAUGACAAUGCUCAAUUCAGGCAGCAAGAGAUAUUUGCUUUAAAUGAUGAUUCGGAAUCAGAUCCUAGAGAGAAAGAAGCAGCUGCUCUUAACCUGGUAUAUAUAGACAUGGAUGGUAGCAUUGGGUGCAUGGUGAACGGGGCUGGUCUAGCCAUGGCCACUAUGGACCUGAUUGCACUGAGUGGUGGCAAGCCUGCUAAUUUCUUGGACCUUGGAGGAGGUGUGGGUCAAGCACAGGUCUCGGCAGCAUUGAGGAUUUUGGAGUCAGACCCGAAAGUGAAAGUUGUAUUUGUCAAUGUUCUUGCUGGCAUUGUGAACUGUGCUACAGUUGCUAACGGACUUGUGGCAGCUUGCAAAGCAAACCCACCAAAGCAUCCCAUAGUCAUCAGGCUGCAAGGGACUAACUCAGCCGCGGCUAAGAAAAUCCUCGAGGAGUCCGGCUUGUCGCUUCACAUGAUAAAUGACGCGGACGAAGCUGCCCAAACCGCAGUGAGAUUAGCUAAGUAAAAGU